CUUCCGAGACAAACGCGGAAGUACUGGGAGGCGCCAGCCGCCAGGAUCUGUUGCGGGCUUUUGGUCCGUGCUGUUUGCUUCGGGGACGUCCUAGAGAGGUAGAUUCCUAAAGGCCCGAUUCCGCGGGCCCAGAAGAGACGGAACCCGUGCUCCCGACGCUCCUCGGCCUGAGAGCCGAUGCCGGCCGCCCCCUGGAGCCCCCUUUGCGGGGCCGGACCAUGAGCCUGCUGGGCGGCCUCGCUUCCUCGCCACGGGCCCAGCUGCCGUCCUCCAAGGCCAGGAUGAAAAAGCUCCCGAAGAAGAGUCAGAACGAGAAGUACAGGCUGAAGUACCUGCGGCUGCGGAAAGCGGCCAAAGCCACGGUGUUUGAAAAUGCUGCUAUCUGUGAUGAAAUUGCUCGCCUUGAAGAAAAAUUUCUUAAAGCAAAAGAAGAAAGAAGGUACUUACUAAAGAAGCUCCUCCAGCUUCAGGCUCUAACUGAAGGGGAAACACAGGCUGCAGCUCCUUCUCACAGCUCCAGUUUGCCCCUGACUUAUGGUGUGGCCAGCUCAGUGGGAACUAUACAGGGAGCUGGGCCCAUUUCUGGACCCAGCACUGGGGCUGAGGAACCGUUUGGGAAGAAAUCCAAGAAGGAGAAAAAAGAAAAAGGCAAAGAGAACAACAAAUUGGAAGUUCUGAAGAAAACAUCCAAGAAAAAGAAAAUGGAGGGAGGUGCUCGCAAGCUGGUUCAGCCCAUUGCCCUGGAUCCCUCAGGACGGCCUGUGUUCCCCAUCGGACUGGGGGGUCUAACAGUAUAUAGCCUGGGGGAGAUCAUCACCGACCGGCCUGGCUUCCAUGAUGAGAGUGCCAUCUACCCCGUGGGCUACUGCAGUACCCGGACGUAUGCCAGCAUGAAGUGCCCAGACCAGAAGUGUCUGUAUACCUGUCAGAUCAAGGAUGGUGGUGUGCAGCCUCAGUUUGAAAUUGUUCCUGAAGAUGACCCCCAGAAUGCCAUCGUCAGCUCUUCUGCAGAGGCUUGUCAUGCAGAACUCCUCAAGACCAUAAGUGCUACCAUGGGAAAACUAAUGCCCAACCUACUUCCAUCUGGAGCUGACUUUUUUGGGUUUUCUCAUCCAACCAUCCACAACCUGAUCCAGAGUUGUCCAGGAGCUCGAAAAUGUGUCAAUUACCAGUGGGUGAAGUUUGACGUCUGCAGACCUGGAGAUGGGCAGCUCCCUGAGGGACUUCCAGAGAAUGAUGCAACUAUGAGCUUUGAGGCCUUUCAGAGACAGACCUUUGAUGACGAUCAGAAUGAUCCCAUUCUGCCAGGAUCCUUGGACCUCCCAGAGCUUCAGCCUGCAGCCUUUGUGUCUUCUUACCAGCCCAUGUUCCUGACACACGAACCCUUGGUAGACACUCACCUGCAGCAUUUGAAGUCUCCAUCACAGUGCAGCCCAACUCAGUCUUCAGAAUGAACAAGAAGGGAUCAGAUACCACAUGGUUUUCAUCAUGAUAGAUUUUUUUUAACUUAAAUUGAAACUUAAAAUAUAUGGAAGAAGGCAGCAAUUCAGGAGUGAAGAAAUAUCAAAUUAACACAUUUUAUCAUGGAGGUUCCCGUGGUGACAGUUUUCCCUGGGAAAAACUUCAGCUGCUUUAUUUUUAGUAAUAAAUUUCUCUUGACAAUUCUGCUUAUUUUCAUCUUGUUGUACUCAGGAUAUAAACUUUUUAGCUUAGCUCUGCUUGAGGGAGAAUAAACUUAACCCUUCAUAAGCCAAAGUAGGAAAUGUCUCCUGACUCAUGAGGGAGAUGUAAGGGUUCUGACAACCUCCUACCCUUGACUCUGAUCCCAUUCAAUGAAUAGUGAGUCCCAGGCCCCCUCCAACCCAAGCUGCUGCUUUAUUUGCAUGUUGAUAUGAAAAUCAAAUCCUCUGCUUUAUACCCAAGCUGGAAAAUCCAGUCCAAGGUGUUUUUUUCAUCUUUUCCUUCAGAUGUUGCACAUCCUUCAAGGGGAUCAGUCAGUUUCUAGAGUCUCCUCUAACCCUUUCUACAUCCCCUCUGAGGCUCCUUAUUGGAGAAUGUGCUUUUGUGUUCAGUACACAGUGAAACCAUUAAUAACACAAACUCAGAUAUGUGAUUAGGGAUCACCAUGUUCCAUCCUCCAUAACAGAGCUCACCCAUUAUUUCAUUAACCGUGCAAUAACAAAAUCCACAUUCUAUGCAACUGAAUUUUUUGAACCCUACUUACAGCAUUAAGGUGGAGGUUUACUUUGUCACCCAGUCCCUACCCAUCCACCAGGUACCCAGGACCCCAGAAGUAGAAGAGUAGGGACGGAGUGGGGAGAUUGUGCUACAGUUUAUAACUGCCAACUGCAUUUUAUGGUAACAGAUCUGACCAGCAGAGGGAGAGAAUCAGGCUGAGCAGCUUUUAGAUCACAUCACACAAGUCACUAUAAACUAUGAGAAACUAAAGUAAUUGGUAUUAAUUUGAUGAUUCUUAGUUAUAAUCCUUUAAUAAGUUUGUAUAGCUUUUACAAUACAAAAUCUAAAAAAUUUUGGAUAAUAGAAAGUCAGGGAUGGGGAUGGGAUUACUCAAAGCUGUUAACAUAUUAAUGUUUGUCUUUUGUGUCUGUUCUCUGCAUUAGUUGCUUGAACAUGUUUGCACUUCAGCAAUGAUAUAUGCGCUUUCAUCCCUGUAACAAAUAUCUUUCCAUUCUGUUUAGAGCCUUAGUAAAACACUUAAAAGAGGGGAUGCUUUUAAGAAGACAUAAAAAUUUUUAAGUAUAUUUGCAUGCUAUUUAAUUUUGUAGAUUUCCUAGAACAAUGUUUUUUCAAACUACUCAACACUUUAAUAGGUCAUAAACUUAGGUUAGGAACUCAAGACCUACAUCUUUUAAGUAAAACAAUUAGAACAUAUUGGAGUGCAUCACAUGUAGCAUAGAUAUUGUUUCAUGAAACUUUGGUUUCAGCUAUAGUGGGUAUAUAUAUUUACAUAAAUAUCACAUAAGCAUAUAGAUGUGGGGAUACAUGGAAUAAUGUCAAGUUUUUUACUGUGGAUCGUGGUUUUUUAAAAAAUGCUUCCCUAAUAGAUACAAAAUAUCUUUUUCCUCCAUAUUGUUAAAGGUUUUAAAAUUUGACAACAUCCAAUGUUAAUAAAAAAGAGACUGUCUGUACCAUGGAAAUGUACAAUUGUUUAACCCUUUGGGACGAUAGUUACCAAAGGUGUCAAAUUUGAAAACACAUUUAUAAUUUAAUCUAUUAUUCCAUGCUAAGGGCCCUAAUAAAAUAGUUGGACACAGUGAAAUGGUGACAUGUAACACUCGUCACAGUACAGGUUUAACAGUGACAAGCUGGAAAUAAACCUAUAUGUCCAUUAAUAGGUAAUUGGUUGAAUAAAGUAUGGGCUUCCACAGACCGGAACACUGAACCUA